AUGACUACAGAAAUUGACCAACCAGCAAAUGUUGAACCCAGUAACGGCGUGACAUUGGAACAGAAUGGUACUGCUGUAGUUGAUAACACACCAGGAACUGAUGUCAUACCUUUAGAUACGUUGGAGACAAAAGCGGACCCAAAUUUUCAUGACCAAGAUGAAAUCGAAACAACUUCCCUCAAAUCAACAGAUGCGGUUGUAGAUAAACUCGAGUCGGGUUUAGAUAAUUCAUCCAUUCACGAAGCACCAAAACCUUCUGAGCAAGAUUUAAACCCUGACUUGGCCAAAUUCAUGCAAGGUUGUCAAGAAGGAUCACUCGAUUUGGUGAAGGAGUUAGUUGAGUCAGGGUCCAUAAAGGUUAAUGAUACGUUUAGUGACGGAAUUAGUGGUCUUCAUUGGGCGUGUAUCAACAACAGACUCACAUUAGUAAAAUAUUUGGUUGUACGUGGUGCAGACCCAAAUUUGUAUGGAGGAGAAUUAAGAGCGACGCCACUUCAUUGGGCUUGCAGGAAUGGACUUGUUUACAUUGUUCAAUACUUGAUAUCAAACACGUCGGCAGAUCCAAGCUUGCGUGAUCUACAAACCUACAAUGCACUUCACUUAGCCGUUCACAGUUCGAAUAUUACAUUAGUUGUGUAUUUAUUGUUGAGUUGUUGUGACCAAAACAGCAAAAAGAAGUUAUAUAUCGAUGAACCAGAUGGAUCAAACAGGACGGCGCUUCAUUGGGCAAGCUAUCAAAAUGACGUAUUCACAGUUAAUGCGUUAUUGAAGUUUGGUGCGGAUGUGUCGAAAACUGACGAUAGUUUAUUCAUACCUCUCCAUUGGUGUUUUAUGCGUGGUCACAAAAAUGUCAUGAAGGCAUUGGUGGAAAGUGGGUCAGACAUCUUUUUCAAAAAUGACCUGGGAAAGGAUAGUUUCGAUAUUGCAAGAGACAUGAAUUGUUUGAAUGCUUGGCGAAAGGUUUUGAUAGAAUCAGGAUUGGAUCCUAAAAACAAUUGGGCUCCAAAGGUUAGAUGGGUGAGUCCUAAAGUCGGCAAAGUGUUAACAUAUCUUGCGCCGUUUGUUCUUUUACCUAUUUCCCUUAACAUAUGCAAUACAUCUCAGGGUUUGGCUUUUCCCAAGUUGGUCCUUGCUUUUGCAUCCUUUGCAUUCGGAAUCUUUGUCAUUAACAAAACGAUAAUACCAACCUAUUUGAUUGAUAACAAGCCACUUCCAAAAUCACCUAUUUUAGCUGGUAUAUUUUCAGCCACGGCGUUUUGGUGUAUUAUAAUCUGGAUAUUCAAAGUACUUCCUGCCACUUUGUUUUCCAAUUUUUUUGCCAAUUUAUUUAUGGGAAUCUUUAUAGCAGUCUUUGUUUGGUCGUUUUUCAAAGCAAUGUUCAUCAAUCCAGGCUUUGUACCAACUCCUACUGACAAUGUGGUAAUCCUUUCGCAAGUUGAAGAUUUACUUGGCUGUGGGAAGUUCGACACCGACCACUUCUGUGUCAACUCGUUUGUGCGUAAGCCAAUUCGUUCGAGAUACUCGAGGCACAAUAAGAAAUUAGUGGCAAGAUUUGACCAUUACUGUCCGUGGGUGUACAACGAAAUUGGAGUUAGGAAUCAUAAGUUAUUCAUUACAUUCGUUUACGCACUAAACUUGGCCAUUCUUUUGUUCACCUACUUGACUAUACAAUAUUUUGACAAAUCUAAAGACUCGUUUGAUUCGGAUGAUGAGGAUAAUCAAAGCUUAUUUUGCCGAUUGAUUGAUGAUGAUUUAUGCUAUGGAUACAAGAAUAAUCAAUUCCAUUUCAAUUUGUUGGUGUGGUGCUGGUUGCAAUACAUUUGGAUCUUUUUCCUUUGCUUGGUUCAAACUUUUCAAAUUUUGCGUGGUUUAACCACUUGGGAAUUUAGUUCAUUAAAUUCAAAAAUAUACAACCCAAGACUGAACCAUUCAACAGUACCGGAAGAAGUUGCAGACUCACUUACUCAACCAUCUAGAUCAGACAGAAAGCACAAUGAAUUGCAAACAUGUUUGAAUUUGCUUGGAAUUGAUCAAUUUGUGAUGACGAUAAAAAUGACUAUUGCAUCCGUCUUUAACCGCAAUCGAACUGCCAGUGUCGACCCUUUGCAUAUAGAUAUACCUACCGAUUACGGAUUGAAGCAGAAUUGGUUGGACUUUUGGAUCAUUGGGGAACCUAAUUGGAGAAAUGUCUUUUACUUGCCCAUUGAAGGCGAAAAUAAUUUGAAUGGGGAGGUUGUUGACUACUAUAAGCUAUACGAGUAUCCGCCAAAACUGUCAAGCCAGGUUGUAUAA